CUCUUCCUCUUCCUCUUCCUCUUCCGCUUCGUCGUCCUCCGCCGUAGUCCCCAAAACCCUAAUCCCCUCUUCCCCGAACUCCUCCGCCAUGGGGAAGCGAGAGAGCUCUUCGCGGAGGCGGCGGAGGACGCGAACCCCUUCGUCGGAAUCGGAGGAGGACCACUCCGACGGGGGAUCCGAGACGGCGUCGGAUUCCUCCUCCCGGCGGAGUAGUCGGCGGCGCCGCCGAGAGAGAAGCCGGAGUAGGCAGCGGAGGAGCCAGAGCUCUUCCGGCGACGGGAGCGGUGGGGAGAGGUCGGAUUCGGGGUCGGAGGAGGAGCGCCGCCGUGGGAGGCGGAGGAGGUCGUCGAGGGACAUCACGGAGGAGCAGAUCGUUGAGUACAUGGCCAAGAAAGCUCAGAAGAAGGCUCUGAAGGUGGCGAAGAAGCUAAAGGCGAAUGCAGUUUCCGGCUACUCCAACGAUUCGAACCCAUUUGGCGAUGCAAAUCUUACGGAAAAGUUUGUGUGGCGAAAGAAGAUUGAACGUGAUGUUGCUCAAGGCCGACCUGUAGAUAUUUCUGUCAAAUCUGAGAAGAAGCGGCAGAGAGAAAGGAUGGCAGAAAUAGAGAAGGUCAAGAAAAGGAGGGAAGAGAGAGCAAUCGAAAAGGCCCAGCAUGAGGAGGAGAUGGCAAUGCUUGCUAGAGAGCGGGCUCGAGCUGAGUUCCAAGACUGGGAGAAGAAAGAGGAAGAGUUCCAUUUUGAUCAAAGCAAAGUCAGAUCCGAGAUCAGAUUGCGUGAAGGCCGUACAAAACCCAUUGAUGUACUUUUGAAGAACCUGAACUUUUCUGAAGAUUUUGACAUUGAAAUUAAUGAACCCUACAUGGUAUUCAAGGGCCUAACAGUGAAGGAAAUGGAAGAGCUUCAAGACGACAUUAAGAUGCAUCUUGAUCUAGACAGAGAAAGUCCAGUGCACGUCCAAUAUUGGGAGGCUUUGAUGGUGAUUUGCGAUUGGGAGCUAGGUGAGGCUCGAAAAAAAGAUGCCUUAGAUCGAGCCAGAGUACGUGGGGAAGAACCACCUCCUGAAGUGCUUGCAGAAGAAAGAGGCUUACAUUCAAGCAUUGAGACUGAUGUGAAGAAUCUUCUAGAAGGCAGGACUUUCAAAGAAUUAGAGACAAUGCAACGCCAAAUAGAGUCGCAAAUGCGCUCUGGCACAGCAAAGGUUGUUGAAUAUUGGGAAGCUAUUUUGAAGCGCCUCCAUAUUUACAAGGCAAAGGCGUGUCUGAAGGAAAUCCAUGCCUCUCUCUUGCGAAAGCAUCUGCAGCGUUUGGAGCAGCAACCUGAAGAGGCAGAAGAGCAGGACUUAGUAACAGAUAAAGAAAUGGAGGUUAAAGAAGAAGAAGAAGAUAAGGUGCAUGAGGUGGAAGAUGCUGGGCCAUAUUCUCCUGGACCUAUUGUUGAGGAGCCAGAGCGUGAUCUCGAAGAGGAGCCUGGCUCCUUCUCACCUGAACUCUUGCAUGGCGAUGAAGAUGAAGCAGCAAUCGAUCCUGAAGAGGAUAAGGCUGAACUGGAGCGAAAACGUGAGGCUGUGGUUACAGAGCACCAAAGAAGAAUCCAGGAAGCAAUGGCAACGAAGAGGAGCGCACCAGAUGAGAUGGAGUUGAAAGCAAUGAAAGCAAUGGGAGCCAUGGAGGAAGGUGAUGCUGUAUUUGGUGCUGGCGCUGAAGUGAACCUUGAUUCUCAGGUGUACUGGUGGCAUGAUAAAUAUCGCCCGAGAAAGCCGAAGUAUUUCAAUCGGGUGCAUACUGGAUACGAGUGGAACAAAUACAACCAAACUCACUACGAUCACGAUAACCCUCCUCCGAAAAUUGUCCAAGGCUACAAGUUCAAUAUAUUUUACCCUGAUCUUGUGGACAAGUCGAAAGCGCCCGUGUACACUAUAGAAAAGGAUGGGAGCAAUGGUGAGACAUGUCUCAUCAGAUUCCACGCCGGCCCUCCUUAUGAGGACAUAGCUUUUCGGAUUGUAAACAAGGAAUGGGAGUACUCCCACAAGAAGGGUUUCAAAUGUACGUUCGAGCGCGGGAUUCUCCAUCUCUAUUUCAACUUCAAACGGUAUCGCUACCGGCGAUGACUUCUUGCGGGCAAAGGAGAGGAAAUGGAUUUGCAGAUGGUAUCGGACGAUAACAGUUUAUUCCUAUUCAUUGUUAUAUAUGCAAGAUAGUUUUUUUUUUUUUUUUUAAAUGUUCCAUGGAAGAAGGGAAUUUCAGAUAUUUAUAUAUUGCAAUAACAAGAUUGAUUACAAAAAUUCCAAGAAAGAAACUAUGGAGUAUCUUAAUGGAAGUACACUACUGGAAACCUCAUAACAGUCUGUAGAAUACUCAUGAGCAUCUGCUGUUGUACCAAAGGUAUAAUAAGAUCAAGUGACAUUGUUGUAGUAUA